UCAUCGAGGAUAAACGGAGUAGUGGAUGCGUUCUAUGUGCGGUAUUUCUGGGUCGGACGCUUCGGUUUCCGUCGUCGGACAGCCUGCAGCUGGAUCAUGGAUCUGAUCAGUAAACCCAGAGGAAAAUCUAUCGUCUGGCUGUAUUUUGGCCUGAAAGCGGACGAAAACGGACGGCCGCUGAACUCCGGAGAGGCCAUUUGUCGUUUGUGUCGAAAAAUCGUGCUGGCCAAAGGCGGGAACACAACAAAUUUAAGAAGUCAUCUGAGGCGUCGACAUCGCGCAGAUUUUUUCGAGAGCGCUUCCUCCACGACCUCUGGAGCUUUGUUCGAGCCUCAAGGUUUGGAUAUAAACAAUGAAGAAUUCUAUGAGGACAUCCCAUUUCUCCAGAGCGCUUCACACCAAAACUAUGUGCCGGAUGCAGUGCUGCCCCCUGGAGAGCCGUGGCUGCAUGGCGGCGUUCCCCGAGCUGUGUUGUCCCUGCCUUCCUGCUUGUGCCUGUGCAGGGACACAGGAUCCAUGAGAUCUGGUUCUGGGACUUCAGUCGAGGAGCAGCCACCAGAGAUGAAGGUGUAUGCAAAGUGUCACCUUCAGCAGGGCGUCAUGUUUGGGCCGUUUGUGGGAGAAGUUUGCAGAGGACAAAUGCCGACCAACCUGAAAUAUGCCUGGGCUAUCAGGGAUGAGGCUACUUUUGUCUACAUUGAUGCGAGUGAUGAAAACAAGUCAAACUGGAUGAGGUAUGUAACCUAUACAAGCAGUGAGGAGGACCACAACCUGAUUGUUUUCCAGUUUUACCGCCACAUCUACUAUAGAGUUUCCCAGCACAUCACAGAGGGGUCAGAGCUCAGGGUCUGGAUCGGCAAGGAUUACGCUACCAUGUUGGGCCUUGGGAUGGGUGAGAACACAAAGUGUGAAAUUGGAGACAAGGCGACCGUCCUGCGCCUCUUGCAGGACAUCCAGUUGAUCACCCUCCCCGAGUCCAGCGGCUCUUCCCUUUGGUCAGAUCACAGCCAAUCGCAGAGCCCUAUGCCGGUGAUCAGUGACGUGACAACUAUGAGUAACCCUGACAUGGCUCCGGAGUCGAGUCCAGUUUCUGGAUCAGCCUUUGCGUCGUCCUCUCUCAUGUCCUUCCCGUCCCCUGGUGUGCAUCAGAUGGAAAAAUACGAUUUCAUGCCGGGAACGGAAAAACUGCUGAGUAAUCCAAAUGCUGCGCAGAACACUGCAUGGUACUUCUUUGGGUUUGAACCAGACCCCACUGGUCGUCCCCUGGACAGGAGCACUGUGGUGUGUAAACUGUGUGGGGAACGUGUAGCUUGCGGAGGAGGAGUGCUGGACAUCCAAAACCAUCUGACCAGUAGGCACCACAUUAGACCGCGUGACAUCAACAAGGAUCGAACUCUUCCACCAACAGGUCAACGAGCAGUGCAACAAGUGGUAGUUAACCCUGGUCUGGUCAGCACUCUCCCGCUUUUAUUAUCUCCUCAUGUGACCAGCGCUAUUGCCAAUUUCCUCAUCAUGGACCUCCAGCCCCCAGCUCUGGUGGAAGGGGAAGGCUUCAAACAGCUUCUCCAGGCUCUUCUACCAUGCUACAAGGAACUGCCAUCAGGUCAAAGCCUGGAGAACCUUUUGAGAGACCAUCAUACCAGAGGCAAGAUCAGUUUGGCUCAACUGCUGAGGAGGAAAGUUGAGAUUGGGGAAAACAGUGACGUAUGUGACUACACCGCUCCCAUCCAGUUUGAGCCGAGGAGACGUGGGCGACCUCCUGGCUCCCGGAGGGAAGUUCCUCACUUUGUCACGUUAAGUGUAGAUGUUUGGCUCCAUAAUUGGGAGGGCAACUCUGAGAGGUACAUCACCUUGUGGGCACAUUACAUAGACAAUAACUUUAGUCUUCAGAAUUUGGCCCUGACAACCCAAAGAUUGAUGUAUAGUGGAGCAAGAGACUGCGGUUUGAGAGCCGUGGAAGCCCAAGUGAAGACUAUGGCCCAAGAAUGGGGAAUCUCCCAGCCCUAUCUAGUGUUGCUGGGAGGGGAGGGGAAGGACAAGGUGAAGAUUAGUCUGAUGAGCACGGAGAGUAGUAGAGAGGCUGCUGGAAGUGCCACGCACCCCAACUCCACCACAUUCCUGGAGCGUGAUGACUCUGUGUCACCUGAAGAAUCACAUAGUGUAGAACAAAAUCAUUCUACCGAAGGGCUCCCCUCUGUCCCGUGCUUCUUCAGUGCUGUGCAGGGUUGCAUUGAAGAAGUGAUGUCACAGCCCGUCAUCUCCAAGACAUUCAGCGUCUUCCAGGGUGUUCUCGCAGACCUGUUCCUGCUACCUGCACAGAACAAAAACUCAUACCACUAUGUCCAGAGUCUGUUACAAAGCGUGCCGAAACAGGACUGGGCAGAGCUGAAGUCGUGGGCUCACAGCCGACCAACUUGGAAUAAACUGUACCCUGUCCUGAGCACCACCAUCAAACAUAAAAGCCUUAUCAGUGACAUGCUAAGAAGUGAAGAAGAAACUUCGGAUUCCACCACUUCAGACUCGCAUUCAGGUGGCAGCUGCCAAGCCAACUCCACCUCUAGCACGUCUUCACCAGGCACCAUGAACUUACGUUCUGAGUGGAAGAUUCUAGAGGAGCUGUGUUUGGUUCUCAGACCUUUGGAUGUGGCAUGUCGAACUCUGGCCAAAGAAGCCUUCCCCCGUUUGUCCCUCAUCAAACCCAUUCUCACCGGUCUGCUCUCCCGCCACCUUGUACCUCGGCCAGGAGAUUCAGCAUUUAUCAUGAAGGAGGUGAAAAGGAUGAUGAGGCAGAACUUGACGAGCUGUUACGACGGCCCUUUUGUUAACCGGGUCCUAUGUGUUGCUUGUUCCCUCGAUCCCCAGUUUCAUGGACUGGGAUUCAUGGAGGAGAAGGAGCAGACGGCAACUUUUGCUUGGCUUAAGAAAGAGGCAGUCCGGAUUGUGAAGGAGGAUCGGAGGCGGAACCAAAUUAAGAGGCAAAGCCACAGCAAGAGGAGCCCCUCCCCCACUUCCGCAGAAUCAGACAGUGACGUGCUGCGGAGGAGCAAACGCCUUAAAGAUUCCCAUCCAAUUAAUUUCAAAGAGGAGGAUGAUGAAGAUGAAGAGAGUGAUGGCGGGGAGGUCGAUGACAUGGAUUCUGUAGAUCGUAGUUCUCAGGGCAAACUCUCUGGGAUGGAGUUCUUAUUGGGGGACUUGUUCUGCUCUGCACCCCGGAACAGGCAGAGCUCGGUGGAGGAGUCCGUGGACAUGGAGAUGUCCGUGUUCCGAGCUGACAAGGGGGCUUCCCUGGGAGUAGAGCCCCUGCAGUGGUGGAGGACGAAGGCAGCGCAAUUCCCGCUGUUGUCCACAGUAGCUCGAGCCUACCUCGCUGCCCCGGGGGUUUCAGGACAUGCAGCGCAGGGCUUUGUGCAAGAAGGACCCGCUGCUGUGUGCAGGAAAAGGGCCAACAUCCCCCCAGAAAGCUUGGAUGCAAUUUUGUUUCUGCAUCACAACCACAUGCCGACCACGGACUGUGGACAAACGGCAGUAAGGAACGAGGACAAGAACCACGGGACUGACAAAGUCCAAUAAACAAUCAAGCUUUUAACGGUCACCCUCAUUCAUAUCUAAAGCCGGGUCCAUCCUCAUCCUGAACCCAAGUCCUGACUUCCAAAGUAGCUGUUUAAGAAAGAAAAAAAAAAGUGUGUUAUUAAAAGAACGUGGUUAACAGGAAAAAAAAAAUGUGGAUGUGGACCACUGCUUAAGCCCUGGUCCCACCAAAUAAUGAAGGAUGAAUAAUGAGCCACGCAGCAUGUUAUUUGCUACAAGAGGGUUUCUUCCAACUACUGAGGGAGAAUGGUGGCUCUUAGAGGCAUUAUCUUCAAUUAACGAGGCUCAUCUCUUAGUGUGGCACUAAUUUCAAGAUGUUCAAAAUUUAGCAACAGUAGCAUGGGGUGGUUUGUGUACGAGUUACUACCAUGACUAACGAGGAUUGUAGAGGCAUGUGCGUGGUGCUUAGGAGGCUCCUAAAAGCCUGAGAGGCUAUUUCUGGAGCGGCUGCCCUUUUGCGCAUACAAUUCCCUUCUCUGCGCUCCGGACACUAUAUAAAAUAAUUAUUUUGUAGCGGAUUAUAAUCAUUUUCUGCCAAACCUUGGAUGCUGAAAACACCUUUGUUUCUGGAAUCACAGAAGACUUUCAUCUGGAUGCUUUUUUUUUCCCCCGCUCCUUCCUGCUCCAUGAGGAAACAAGUGUGGGAUGGGCAGAGGGUAGGACCAAAGAUGUGCGUUCGUGCACCAGUGUCGCGGUACAUGGCACUGCGUCCCUCAUACGUGGCUCUACAUGGCUGAUACGAGCCAUUUGAGGCACUAAUGACCAGUCGGUCAUGGCUCACUAGAGGCUGGUACGUGGCACAUGCAGGGUGCAGAGAUGCCUUAGUAGCGGAUACGUGAUAGAUGAAAACAUGGGUCAUUCUUCGAAUAAUCACUACACACUCACGCGUGGCUCAUUAUUCAUGGAUUAUUAUUCGUGGGACCGAGGCUUUAGUCUUGUUACUGUAGAUCAACUCUAUAUCAGAAGAUAAGUUUUUGGAUGUGUAGUAAUGCCCCCCCAAAAAACAGUUUUUAAACUUUUGCAAAAAAAAUUAUGCACCUUUUCAGUACUUGCAUUAAUACAGUAGAAGAUGCUUUGGAGUGCUUGUGCUGUUGUUACCUUCUUUGCAUACACAGAUACAGGAUGGGUGUUGGACAGCUUAUGGUGCAACCCCAUCCAUUAUGGGGGGGGCAACAAAUACUGAACCAAUUUCAAACAAUUAUUUUGCUCCUGUUGAACUUCCCAGCAUGGAAACUCACUUCUUGGAUCUUUACCUCAGCACUGUUGCAACACAGUCAUUCAGCACUUGGCUGCAAAUAAUAACUAAAAUAUGCACGGUUGAGGGAAAGAUGUACCGUACAUUCUGCAGUAUGUCGCACCUGUCCAUAAAACUCCCCAAAAAGACUCGCCCCUUGAAAGGGGGGGGCAUUUAAAUCACACAGGAGUAUAAUUAGCACCUAUUUCCCUGUGGGUAAGUUUAACAACAGCAGGAGCGCAGUGUAGCAUAUGUGCACACCACAGUGUGUGCUGUUACUUAACAAGGAUUUUUAAAUUACCAAAAUAAACCAGGUGGACUGAU